UCCGGUAAAGUGAGGCAUCAGUAGGGCAGCGCCAAAUCCUUUGUAUACCUCGUCAGGUUAAACUUCUGUUGAUCUCUGCGUGGACAUGCAGUACAUUGUUUCCCGCCAGAGAGUCCUGCAGUACUGCACCAAGUACGUCACCAAGAGUGAGCCACGGUCUCAGUCACUCAAGGAGAUCUCCACUGUUCUCGAUGGACAACAAACUGAGCAAGGCUAUCCAUCAAAUGUCUCAUACAUGACAGGAAAGAAGAACUCUCAUUUCUACGUUGAAGGAUCCCUCUGAGCUAUAUAUAUAUGCUCCUCUCAUAGCUGAACUGUGUUACUGCAUACUUGCAACAACAUGUCUAAUGAACUCAUAGCAGAUACCCUUCAUCCAAUUUGUUCAUCUUAUAUUCAAUUUUGUAGUUACAGUGGAACCUCAUUAAUACGAACACUGUUAAGCGAAAUAACUGUUUGAUACGAACCGCUUUGAAAUAGCCCACCUAGCUUACAAAACCACAAACG